AAAACCCACCCCGCGCGCUCUCACAUUGAAUCGGGCGUGGAUACUCCUCUGACAGACAGAACUGUUCGGACCUCAGUGUGACAACAGCGCGUCCAGCUCUCUGCGGAUUACAGGACGUUUAAGUUCAUUUUCUUGCUUUUGGGAGUUUGAAGUGCAGGAGCAGGUGGACAUUUGGAUUAUCUGAAAGUGUUUUUUCCAAGUUUUCGCGACAUGGAGAGGAUAACUAGUGCGCAACCGCCUCCCUGUAUGCCAAAACACCCAUCGCUGGAUAUAUCUGACAUGCAAGGAAUGGAUUUUCCUAUUUAUGUGUACAAGUCUAGAAGAGGUAUGAAACGUGGGGAUGAGAACAAGGAGACAUAUAAACUGCCACACAGGCUGAUUGAAAAGAAACGACGUGACAGAAUCAAUGAGUGCAUUGCCCAGCUGAAGGAUCUGCUUCCAGAACACCUAAAGCUCACUACGCUGGGCCAUUUGGAGAAAGCCGUGGUGCUGGAGCUCACUCUGAAGCAUGUGAAGGCCCUGAGUGCCGUCCUGGAGCAACAACAGCAGAAGAUCAUUGCCCUGCAGAAAGACCUGCAAAUAAGUGACCAUGGAGGUGGCAGCUCAGUUGACAGUGAGGAGAUGUUCCGUUCUGGUUUCCACCUCUGCGCCAAAGAGGUUCUGCACUAUUUGGGCACCCAGGAGAGCCGAGAGCUGAACGUGUCCCAUGUUAUAAGCCACAUCCACAAGGUCGCAGCCGAGGUCCUCCAUCACCAGGGCAGAGGUCAUCCUGAAGAACCACCAGCCCUUCACACAACAGAGAAGAAAGCUGUCACUGUGCCCCCCCAAGCUCAGGCUAAAAACUGCGUUCCAGUCAUCCAAAGGACUCAUCCUCACGGGACGGGGGAACAGAGCGGCAGUGACACGGACACAGACAGUGGCUAUGGGGGAGAGCAGGACAAACGGGACCAAUCCAAUGAACGUGUCAAGCAAGAGGGCAAUGAACCUCCUACCAAGAAAUCUAAACUUUCAGAAGAGACUGCUGCCAGGGACAGCUAUAUCAACUUUUCCCCCAACCAGCCGCCAUUUUGCUUGCCGUUCUACCUCAUCCCACCUACAGCAGCUGCCGCAGCCUCUGCCUACCUGCCCAUGCUGGACAAGUGCUGGUAUCCAGGGGGCAUGCCAGUCAUGUACCCGUGUGUGAGCGGGUUACCUCAGGAGACACUGCCCUCUUCAUCUCUCGUCUUGUCCCCCCGAUCGGGUUCGCCACAGCUACAUCAUACCUCAAUGGAUUCUACUCUGCAUAAAGCUUUAAAGAAUGUCUCUCCUCUUAAUGUGGGAACCAAAGACUAAAAUAUCAGAAGUGUGAAUGUUCAAGAUUUAUGCACUGGUAUCCUCUUAGAAAACUGUUUGUUGACCAUCCUAAAAUGGCUUUUGAGUUGCUCUUCACAGUCUAAACUAUUACAGAGGCAAAGUCUUAGUGCCCCGGUGAAGGCUCACAAAGAUGACCGGUUAUUGCAUGGAAUCACUGUGAAAAAUGAAAAGAGGAUUUUGCAAAGUUGCUGAGUUUUUAGCGUCACUAUUGAAUGAACUUGAAUGUUUCAAGUGGAAUGUAAGGCACAGAUAAGCCCCCGAAUGCAUUUGCACAGUGGUUUGUUAUGAAUGUAAAUUUUUUUAAAAAGCCCCCUGUAGAUGCUGCUUAAGCUACCUAAUGUAUACAGUAGGUCUAAGUGAUCUACUUCUUUUAGUAUUUAUUGCUCUUGUAACUGCAACUUUUAUUCUAGACUAGAAUGUUACCCAAUCUGGUUAUCAGUGAGGACCAGUUUGUAGCCUCUCUCACUCCUCCAUUUCCCUGGAACUUUCUGAGACAUUUGACAGGUCUGGAGUCAGGGCGUUGUCGCUGUAAGAGGCGUGUCACUCAUAUCUGCCGAAGAGAGAGCUGACCACACAUGCUUUUACAAAUACUCAUAACCAGUCGUGUGUCUAUUUUCUGUCAAGUAUUGUCUUUAUUUUUGAUACAGUGUUUCAGUAGCCGAAGGUCGUUUGCUGUUUGCCAUCUGUAUGUGUAGAUAACAAUGUGAUUUUGCCCAUUUCCUGGUCAGUUCACGACCUCCCUUUAGCUCAUGCUGUUGCCUUUACUCACAGACACAACAGUGGCAGAUGUUUCGGUUAUGUUUGCUUUAUUGUGUAUGUGGCAAAAGAGUGAAUGUAAUAUUUCAAACAAAAAUAAUAGUUUUGUAAAAAAAAAAAAAAAAAAAAAAAAAAAAAAAAAAAAGGUACUUUAGAUUUUUAUUUUAAAAAGUAAAAUGAAGAUUUUUGUUGUAUAUAUAUUUUGUAUAUAAUGUAUUAUUGAUAUACAUUAGAAUAUUAAUAAAGCUUUUUUCCCCUGA